GAAAACAAAAAAAAUUAAAAUUAGAAAAAAAUAGAUAAGAGUCUUGUAAGCCUUAGGCGGGACCAUGGAAGUGGAGCAGUUGGAUAAGAAAGCGGAGAUCCUCGAUAAACAUAUCGCGAACUUCUGCUCUCAAAUUAAUUUCGGGCCAGUGCCGAGGGUGCGCAAAGCAGCUGAUGUUUCGAAAUGGCAAAUCUCGAAGGCCUAUUACGAACUGGUGGCGUACAUUAAUAAUACCGCCUCCCUCAUACAGGGGAUGAGUGUGAUGGAUGAUUAUGCGGUCACCCCAGAGAUGUGCAAUAUUAUGGAGAUAUUCGAUCGACUCGAUUGCCUCAUUGAGGCGAAUCCACCGUUAUUACACGAACCAGAUUCCGACAUCGAUCACAUUGAUUUCCCAUCGAUACAAUGUUACGGGAAUCAUGCCUAUCGGGCCUGGUCGCGAAACAUGUUGCGUGAAAUCUUUCCCUUGAUUGAACAUGCGAUACCCCGAAACAAAUGCCAUUAUGUGAACGAGUUGGGCCAUUAUCUAUCCGAAUCGUUUGGAAAUUCGACGCGCAUCGAUUAUGGAACGGGCCAUGAACUGUCCUUUGCCUUCUUUUUGGUUUCGCUCUUUCGUGCCAACAUCCUGAAGCGCAAGGAUCUGAAAGCAUCGGUUCUGUUGCUCUUCCAUCGUUAUCUGGGCUUUGUGCGACGUCUGCAGCGACUCUACAAUAUGGAAACGGCGGGAAGUUCUGGUCCCUACUCGCUAGAUGAUUUUCAAUUUUUGCCCUAUUUAUGGGGGGCGGCCCAGUUGUGUGUUGGCGAGUCCUUUGCGCCUCGCCAAAUGCUCGAUACGGACAUAUUGGAGGAAUAUAAACACGAUAAUCUGCUCGUGAGCUGUGUGGCAUAUACGGGUGAUCGGAAAAAGGGCACCUACGCCGCCCACUCGACUCAACUUUGGUGUAUACCCGCGUUGGAUUCUUGGGACGAAGUGUAUUAUGGUCUUUAUGAUAUGUAUAAGAGGACGGUACUACAUCAGUUUACCGUUAUGCAACACGCAAACUUUGGCAAAUUAAUGGUAUUCGAUCGGGUGAGAAUAGGCACUGAUUUGGUACCACCGCGACUUGGCAAGUUAUUGGAAUUUAACGAAGAUGAGCCGGUAGCUGAGAAAACAGUGGACGAUGAUUUUCAUUACUCGAGAACGCCAUCACUAUCUGAAGAUGAAUCCGAUGUGUCUGAGGAGACUGAAGAGAGUGAGAAAACUAAAGCAUCUGAGAAGACUGAAGAGGUGGCUGCUGACAAGAGUGAGGACACGGAAGAGACAAACACUGAGAAGACGACUAAAGCUGAGAAAACUGGCAAGUCGAAGAUAUUCGAAAAGCCUAAGAAACGCAAGAAGCAUAGAAAGCUUAGGUCACCUGAGGAAGACGACAAAGAUCCGCGAGCGCCACCACGAAAAGGCGCCAACUCCGAUCCCAUGCAAAUGCCCACCAUAAGCACACACAGGAAAAGAAAUAGAAAGCCAGGUGUUAUACCAAUGUCCCCAAUUACCUUAGCCCCCGAUAACGUAUACUGCUCUCCAUCGUUCGAGAUGGAACACAGCGUUAUCACGACCGGCACCACCAGCAGUGAUAUCUCUGGUACCAGUGUCCAGUUCCGUUCGAUGACUAAAUCCCACGGCAGACCAACAGUGUACCAUGCACAUCGUCCACAUUUUAAUUUGCCGCAGACGGUGGCGCGUCGCACCGAAGUGAGUGUCUCCCCAACGCACGAUGGAAACACUCGUUCUGUAGAGCUCCGAUUUAAGUCCAUGCUGCUCGUCCAGGAAAGAGAGGAGAGCAGCGAUUCCUGAUCGUUAGACAGUGGAUCAGGCGGUUGCGGCGGCGGCGGUGGCGGCGGUGGCUAUCAUGGAGUAUACAAAACUACUGCUCAUAUAUUUUGUAAAGAACUUGCCACAAUACAGCGGGGGGAUCAAAA